AUGCCCACAUCACAAGACCCACCUGCUCACACCCCCAUCACCCUGCCCAGACCCACCUGCUCACACCCCCAUCUCCAAUGCCCACAUCACCCUGCCCAGACCCACCUGCUCACACCCCCAUCUACAACGCCCACAUCACCCUGCCCAGACCCACCUGCUCACACCCCCAUCUCCAACGCCCACAUCACCCUGCCCAGACCCACCUGCUCACACCCCCAUCUCCCAGACCCACCAGCUCACACCCCCAUCACCCUGCCCAGACCCACCUGCUCACACCCCCAUCACCCUGCCCAGACCCAUCUGCUCACACCCCCAUCACCCUGCCCAGACCCAUCUGCUCACACCCCCAUCACCCUGCCCAGACCCACCUGCUCAGACCCCCAUCUCCAACACCCAUCACCCUGCCCAGACCCACCUGCUCACACCCCCAUCUCCAACGCCCACAUCACCCUGCCCAGACCCACCUGCUCACACCCCCAUCUCCAGCGCCCACAUCACCCUGCCCAGACCCACCUGCUCACACCCCCAUCUCCAGCGCCUGCAUCACUCUCCACCACAUGGCCUCUGACGGGUUCGGAUUUCUAA